AUGGUCCCUGGGAUUCUGGAAACCGGCGGUCCUGCUCUAGCAGGAUUGCAAUCCCGCUCUAGCCGCAUCACAACCGCUGCAGCGUCAAAUGCCCCGGGUGGAGCUUCCGCCUCCCCCGCAUCCGCGCCCGCUGCGCCUAGGCCCGGCGCGAGCGGAGGCGGGGAGGCGCUUAUAUCGGGGGAAGGGCUGGCGAAGAGCUUCGGAAUGGACGUUCUUUUCGAGGGGCUGGAUGUGACUAUAAGCAGAGGGCAGAAGCUGGGGCUGCUGGGGCGGAACGGAUGCGGUAAAAGCACAUUGCUGAGGAUACUAGCGGGGAUGGACGCACCUGAUAAGGGCAAGGUGCAGCGCCGGCGGCACCUGAACCUGGCGUUUCUCGCUCAGGAUCCGGACCUACCCGCGUCUCUGUCACUUCUAGACGCGGUGUUGUCAGCGGACAAUGCGGCCAUGCGUGCUGUGAGGGAGUACGAGCGAGCAGCGCAGAGGAUGAAGGGCCGAGACCCCACCCCCUCGGAGGCAGCAGCGCUGCAGCGGGCCAUGGAUGGGGUGGAGGCGAUGGGGGCAUGGGACGUGGUGGCAGAAGCAGAGAAGCUGCUGGAGAUCCUCGGGCUGGGGGACGCUGCUCUCACCAACGGUGGUGGCGGUGGUGGCGGGGGGAUUAUGGAGCGGCAAGUUUCGUCGCUUAGUGGCGGGCAGAAGAAGAGAGUGGCCCUGGCUGCGACGCUGCUGGCAAAGCCAGAGCUGAUCAUUCUCGAUGUGAGUGGCUUUGUGCGUGAUGCGACUAAGACCUCAAAGAAACCAGAGCUCAUCAUUCUCGAUGUGAGUCGAUCUGCCUGCCUCUCCGCCUCUGCCUCUCCGCCUCUGCCUCUCCGCCUCUGCCUCUCCGCCUCUGCCUCUCCGCCUCUGCCUCUCCGCCUCUGCCUCUCCGCCUCUGCCUCUCCGCCUCUGCCUCUCCGCCUCUGCCUCUCCGCCUCUGCCUCUCCGCCUCUGCCUCUCCGCCUCUGCCUCUCCGCCUCUGCCUCUCCGCCUCUGCCUCUCCGCCUCUGCCUCUCCGCCUCUUCCUCUCCGCCUCUGCCUCUCCGCCUCUUCCUGCCUGAUCAAGGGCAAGAUUCAAAGAAUUCUGCAUUCACCACUCCCCCUUACCCAGAUCCCCCACUCCUUUUCCUCUCCCUCUAUCUCCAUUACUCCUUGAAUCCCCUCCUGCCACCCCAUUGCUCUUUGCCACUCCUCACCAUUAGGAGCCCACCAACCACAUGGACGAGCCCACCAACCACAUGGACGCGGCGGUCAUUGAUUGGAUGCAAUCCGCCCUCUCCGACCCCUCUCUCACCGUCGUCCUCGUCUCUCACGACCGUUACUUUCUCGAUGCCGUUGCACGCAAAUGCUCGAGAUGACACCCUUGGUGGCUUCUCACCCACACGCCCACUCAUAUUCCUCGCCUCAACCCUACCCCUGAACCUGAAAGAACCUAAUUCCGUCUCCUCCUCCACCCACCCUCCCCCUCACCAGGAGCCCACCAACCACAUGGACGUGGCAGUCAUUGAUUGGAUGCAAUCCGCCCUCUCCGACCCCUCUCUCACCGUCGUCCUCGUCUCCCACGACCGUUACUUUCUCGACGCCGUCUGCACUCAAAUGCUCGAGAUCGACCGGGGGACCUCCUUCCGCCACUCGGGCAACUACACAAACUUUUUGGCUGCCCGGGCGAAGCGGGCGGUCGAAGAAGCCGCCGCGAUUGGCCGGGCAGCAAACACGCUGCGGCGGGAGGGGGAGUGGAUGCGGCGAAUGCCGAAAGCUAGAUCGACUAAGUCCCGGUCGAGAAUCGACCGGUUUUUGGCGCUUACUAAAGCAACGGCGGAGAAAAGGCAGCGGCAGCAGCAGGCGGCGGUGGGGAGUGUGGUGGAGAUGGGUAUGGGGGAGGCACGACUGGGUGGGAAGGUGUUGGAGUUGAGAGAUGCUACGGCGAUGCGAGGAGAGAGCACCGUGUUUGAAGGGUUUACGUAUGAGUUUGGUCGCGGGGAUCGGCUGGGAGUGGUGGGCCGAAACGGAGCAGGGAAGACCACUUUCCUAGACGCGUUAGCAGGCCUCCUGCCUCUCCCUUCCGGUACCAGAGAUGUGGGGGAGACGGUGGUGAUGGGGUAUUACACACAGCACAUGCCCCCCGUGCCGGACAACAUGAGAGUUCUCGACUUUGUUCAAAACUUCAACCCGACAGCUGCUGUCCUCGGCUCCUGGGGCUCCAUCCCUGCUGCUGCUGCCGCUGCCGCUGCUGGUGAUGGUUCUGCCUCUAGUUCUUCUCCCGUUGCUGCUGGUUCGGGUGGGGCUUCUAUGUCUGGAGGGAGUGGUUCGGACGAGCCUGUUUCCGCUUCGGAGCUUCUGGAGCGGUUUGGAUUUCCCCGGGCGAAGCAGUACGCCUGGGCGUCAAAGCUGAGUGGAGGGGAGAAACGGCGGCUGUUACUGGCAGCAGUGUUGGCGCAGCGCCCAAACUUCCUCAUGCUGGAUGAGCCCACCAACGACCUCGACUUACAAACCAUCGAGGCUCUGGAGUCAUUCCUCUCAGCGUACGAGGGCUGUCUGCUAGUGGCCUCCCACGACCGGGCAUUCAUGGAUGCGGUGGUUGACCGCCAGUUCGUGCUGCAAGGGGACGGACAGGUGUUGCUUUACGACGGGCUGUUCUCGGAAUAUCUCGCUGACGCGCAGGAGCAAAAAGCGGAGAAGGAAAAAGAGGAGAAGGAGAGGGUUGCGGAGGAGGAGAGGAGGAAGGAGGCUGAAGCAAAGAGUGUGGCUGAGGAGCGGAGGAAGGGGGAGGAGGGAGCAGGUUCGGGUGGGAUUAAGGUGAAAGGGAAGUCGGCUCGGAAGAUGUCGUAUAUGGAGAGGAAGGAGUGGGAGCGGUUGGAAAAGGAGAUUGAGAAGUUGGAGAAGAAAAAGGUGGCGGUUGAGGCACAGCUGGAGGAGAAGAGCAAGGCGGGAGAUUUUGCGAUGCUCCAAGGGUUGUCCGAUGAGCUUGCUGCGCUGGGACAGGCUAUAGAGGCGAAAUCAGAUAGGUGGCUCGAGCUGGCAGAGCUAGCUGAGUAG